CCCCAGCAUCUGCAAGCGUCAUAUCGGUUAUCCGUCCCUCCCUACGACGACGUUUGACUGUGAAAGCCCUUGCUUCGCCGGGUCUCUGUGAUGUAGUAUGCUCUAUCUCCGCCCAUUGCGGCACCUCUUGUCCUCGUCCUCCCUCUUGCGAUGCCGGCACAAGCACUACCACGCCGAACUCCAAGGCGCAGCAGGCCAGCGCUCUCCUUUCCCUCUAGCCGGCCGUCGGCCGCUAUUCGCGCAUUCGGCACGGGUGUCCUUCUUCUCUACGACGGCCGCAACGGGUAAAAAGACGGAGCAAUUGCCCCCACGACCCUGGCUUCCCGACUCCGAGCUGAAGCACACGUUCGUCAAGGGUUCCGGCCCGGGCGGCCAGAAGAUCAACAAGACCAACUCCGCCGCGCAGGUGACGCACCUCCCCACGGGCAUCGUGGUCAAGUGUCAAGCGACACGGAGCCGGAGCGAGAACUUCAAGAUCGCGAAGCGCAUCCUCGCGGAGAAAGUGGAGUUCCUUGCCAAGGGGGACGAGAGCAGGGCUGCCAAGGUCGAGGAAAGGGCGCGGAGGAAGAAGGCUAGCAAGGACAAGAAGAGCCGGAGGAAGUACAAAAGGCUCGCGAGCGAGCCGGAUACGGAUAAAGAUGGAGAUGAAGAUGACCCAAGGGAGGAAGGGGAUAUAGGAACGGGAAUCCAAAUCGACAAGAACGAGCAUGUCGAGCUGGAGGAAGGCCAACACCUGGGAAAGGGAAACGAGGUAGAUGGGCGCUCGUCGGGAGAGGAGGGUGCGAGGGUUGACGGCCAGACGAAGCCGGACUCGAGUAUGCCGACCAGCUAAGCCGCGAACCGCGCGCGUCAUGGCAUAUAACAACCGACGUCCGAAGCUGCAGGAUAGACCGGGUUUGGCUUGCUGCCCGCGUGACGAUGUUAGGCAUGGAAGAGGUCAUAGUAACGGCACUUAACGCAUCCCGAUCACAUACAAUCUUUUUCCCGGACCGCUGCUCAGGCUGAGCCUCGAUCCCACGCUUGUGCCGAGCGAUUUCGAAGGGGGAGGUCCCGGUCCUUGUACCAUUGGCCUCUGAGCAUACACGUCCGUUUACCACGCUCUGGUUCUGAACUCGCUUCUGAUAAGAACUGAACACUGGCAGGCAUUCAGCAGGCGGCGCGAGACUUGUUCGGUGCCAGCUAGUGUGCAUGAUACUAGCCUACUUGCAAAUCACAGGAGGCCGUGGAAAGAAGUGGUAAUGGCCAUCGACAACGCUCGAGGUCUUAGGCCAGGGGACUGUAGUCUGGAAGGAGAGGAGGUGGAAGUCUGGAGUGAGAUCGGACAAGCAUUCAGCCCAUGCCACAUAUAUGAUCCAACCUCCAAUGACGCGGACACUGGAGUUCAUAGGUUCAUUCAUGCAUUGGUCUACUUUGAAGAAGACAUCCCA